AAAGCCCCAGCAAUGACUGGGAGGGGAACAGGAGGAGGGACAGAGGGAGAUGGGGAAAGCUACACAAAGGAAUUCCUCAACCCAAGCCCCCUGACUGCCAGCACCAGCGCCAGUGAGGAAAUAAGCAGAUCUGUGCUCCCUCCCAGUUCCUCCCUCCUAUCUUCCCACCCAGGCUGGGCCCAGGCCAUAGAGCAGAUGCAGGCCUUCAGAGAAGACCCAACCUCCUGUAGGUGGCAACCGUGCCACCUGUUUGACUGAUGGGCCUGAGCCAGGAACUGGAAGAGACAGGAGGCAGACAACUCCAAGAAGAGCUGAGAAGCAGUGGAGAGCAGAGAGCAGAGCAGAGCUGCAGCAGAGAAAAGGCCUUCCUCAUGGCUGAGUCCCCUGGCUGCUGCUCCAUCUGGGCCCGCUGCCUCCACUGCCUGUAUAGCUGCCACUGGAGGAAAUGCCCUAAAGAAAAGAUGAAAACCAGCAAGUGUGACUGUAUCUGGUUUGGCCUGCUCUUCCUCACCUUCCUCCUCUCCCUGGGAUGGCUGUACAUCGGGCUCAUCCUUCUCAAUGACCUGCACAACUUCAAUGAAUUCUUAUUCCUCCACUGGGGACACUGGAUGGACUGGUCCCUGGUAUUUCUGCUGGUCACUUCUCUACUGGUCACAUAUGCAUCCCUGCUAUUGCUCCUGGCCCUGCUUCUGCAGCUCUGUGGACAGCCUCUGCAUCUGCAUAGUCUCCACAAGGUGCUGCUGCUCCUCAUUAUGUUUUUUGUGGUCAUUGGCCUUGUGGGACUGGACAUCCAAUGGCAGCAGGAGUGGCAUAGCUUACGUCUGUCACUGCAGGCCACAGCCCCAUUCCUUCAUAUUGGAGCAGUUGCUGGAAUCACCGUCCUGGCCUGGCCUGUGGCUGAUACUUUCUACCAUAUCCACCAAAGAGGACCCAAGGUUCUGCUACUGCUUCUAUUUUUUGGAGUUUCCCUGGUCAUCUAUCUGGUCCCCCUAUGCAUCUCCUCACCUUGCAUCAUGGAACCCAGAGACUUACCCCCUAAGCCUGGACUGGUGGGACACCGAGGGGCCCCCAUGCUUGCCCCAGAGAACACCCUGAUGUCCCUACGGAAGACAGCUGAAUGUGGAGCUACUGUAUUUGAGACAGAUGUAAUGAUCAGCUCUGAUGGAAUCCCCUUCCUCAUGCAUGAUGAGAGCCUGAGCAGGACCACAGAUGUAGCCUCUGUGUUCCCAGCCCGAAUCACAACCCAUAGCAGUGACUUCUCCUGGGCUGAACUGAAGAGACUUAAUGCUGGGACCUGGUUCCUAGAGCGGCAUCCCUUCUGGGGGGCCAAGCAACUGUCAGGCCCAGAUCGAAAAGAGGCUGAAAAUCAGUCAGUACCAGCUUUAGAAGAGCUGUUGAAGGAAGCUGAAGUCCUCAACCUUUCCAUCAUGUUUGACUUGCGCCGACCCCCACAAAACCACACAUAUUAUGACACGUUUGUAAACCAGACAUUGGAAGCUGUGCUGAAUGCAAGGGUGCCCCAAGCCAUGGUCCUUUGGCUUCCAGAUGAAGAUCGGGCUAAUGUCCAACGACGGGCACCCAGAAUGCGCCAGAUAUAUGGACAGCAAGGAGGCAACAGAACCAAGAGGCCCCAGUUUCUCAACCUCCCCUAUCAAGACCUACCACUGUUGGAUAUCAAGACAUUGCACCAGGAUAAUGUCUCAGUGAACCUCUUUGUAGUGAACAAGCCCUGGCUCUUCUCUCUGCUUUGGUGUGCAGGGGUGGAUUCAGUCACCACCAAUGACUGCCAGCUGCUACAGCAGAUGCAUUACCCUGUCUGGCUUAUUAAACCUCACACCUACCUAAUGAUGUGGAUCAUUACCAACUGUGUCUCUAUCCUGCUGCUUUUGUGGAUCUUUCUUCUCCAAAGGAGAUGUGCUAAGGAGAGAGAAAGAACUGGCUUAGAAACAGCGGUGUUGCUAACAAGCAUCAAGAAUUUGAUAACUGAGUGAAUGCCCUGCCCAGUCCACCCACCCUGCAACUGGAAUCUGAGACUGUCUGCAUUGAUCAACAGCAAGAGAGGGAGAGUGGCUGAAGUGGAAUGUGUCAAGGGUAGUGGGUUGGGUUGGGGAGAACUUUACCAACAGGAGGUUUUGAACCAUAAGGGCCUUUUCCUGUAUGGUGAGCAUGCCCCAAACUGCUAUGGAAUCAGGCUUUUGACCUGAAGUGGUUGGGAACACAGUGAGUCAUGAGAAGUCUCUCCCCAAAUGAAACUAGAACAGCGGAAGUAAAAGGGAGAUUGC